CACGAUCUCCUUGUUUUUCCGUUCCGCAGGUUGAUUUCUCCAGCGUUUUGUCUUGGCCCAGCCCAUGUGAGGAUUUUUGGAUAAAAACUCAAUUAUUGCCAGAUUUGUCUGAGACAAGUGACGAUCAUCAGCCCUCAGUCCUCACCGACGAUAACGCCGCUUUCCCCACCUCUGCUCGUUCUCGUCCUUCCCCCGUCUCAGCCUCCCCUCGCUAUCCACACAACAAGCUUUCAACAACACAUCACUAGCCACCAGCCUCACCUCAUCCUCACCUCCCCAAAAAACCGCAUCAUUCCAACAAUGGGCUUCAUCGGCGCAACGGCAGCAGGCCUCAUGGCCGGCCUCCAUGGCUACAUCCUCGUCCUGGAGAUGUUCCUCUGGACCUCGCCCCGAGGUCGCAAGGCCUUCAACCUCACCGCCGACUUUGCUGAAAAGACAAAGACCCUGGCCGCCAACCAGGGGCUUUACAACGGCUUCCUGUCCGCCGGCCUCGCCUGGGGUAUCGCUCACCCCGUUCCUGAGUUCGGGCGCCAGCUCCAGCUCUUCUUCCUCGCCUGCAUCGUCGCGGCCGGCGCGUACGGCGGAGCCACGGCGAACCCGCGCAUCUUCUUCAUCCAGGCUGUUCCGGCGCUGGCUUCCAUCGGUGCCGUUCUUUCGGGCUUCUAAGAUGCGGAUGAGCAACGUCAGGGGCCCGAUUGGGAUUUGUUUAGUUUGGAAGGAGGCUGUGGCUGGCUGUUGGGUGAGACUGUGGCGUGGUGGGAGAUCCAGCUUUGUGUAACCUGAUGAAGCUGCUGCCCUUGGGAGAGGAUGGAGAUAUCGCAUUGAAUUAUCUACUGUAUUAACUACUAGCGACUACCUGAUAGAAAGCAAUGGCCAUUUGAUGAUUCUAUGC